AUGUUACCUUGUUGGUAUUGGGAUCGAAAAGAUAUUGAAAACUCGCCAUCUAGGCAACAAGGACUCUCGGCAGAAAACGAAGCUAGGUAUCGAAAAGAAGGAGCGAAAUUCAUUCACAAACUCGGGCUCGAACUAAAGCUUCAUCACGAUACUCUUGCGACCGCUGCAGUCUUCUAUCAUCGAUUUUACCAACAACACUCGUUCGUCAAGUUCCGACAGCGCUAUGUUACUGCCACUUGCUGCCUUUUUCUAGCUGGAAAGGUCGAAGAAACGCCGAAGAAAUGCAAAGAUCUUGUGCGACUCGCGAAACAGCUUCUUUCCGAGCAACAUUUUGCCAGUUUUGGUGGCUCAGGCCCAAAUGCGGAAGUAACGGCCAGGGAGGAAGUGAUGGCCAUGGAAAGAGUUUUGCUACAAGCGAUCAAAUUUGACUUUAACGUUGUUCAUCCUUAUAAAUAUAUUAUUGAGUACGCGGAGCAGUUGAGAAAUGAUAUUCAAGGAAGGAUUGAAGAGAAGCAAAUGGAAAAUCUUGUCCAGAAAUGA